AGAAAAAAUGGACGUCCCCCUGUAGCGCUGUCGCUAUUUUGAUCGUCAGCAGGGAGGUAUAUUAACAUUUAUUUACCCCGAUCGCCAGCAAUUCACGAUUUGAGCUUACAUUGGAAACUGAGAGAAGUGGAAGAAUAUAUCUCUAGACUGACAGAUAUUCAAAAUGGAAACCUCUGGCGAUGUUGAUGUAGAUUCUUCCGUCUCGACUCCCGACCAGCGUGCUCUGGACAUUGCGACUCUCAAGGAGAACGUUAGCUCAAUGGUUUCCCCUCAGUCCCCUCCUGCAGAGAAUGGAGCAUCCUCCCCCAACGCCACCCUAACAAAAGAUAGUAGUGUCACCCCAAGAAAAGGCAGAGACACAACCCCUGGUGCUGUGGGGGCUGAAGCCAGCCCAAGAAGUCUUCCAUCCGAACAAGCCUACCACGUCAAGUGGAUCAAAUGGCGAGGUACCAGUAUGCCGAUCAUCACACAAAAUGAGAACGGUCCCUGCCCGCUCAUUGCCAUUGUGAAUGUGCUCUUACUGCGGGGCACCGUCCAUAUACCACAGAUGGUCGAGAUGGUGUCCGCCACCCAGCUAGUCGGUUACCUCGGAGACUGCCUUCUGGACAGAUCAUUAGAGAAUGCAUCUGAAGGAGUCCAGCGAAAUCACGAGCAGAACAUCCAUGAUGCGAUGGAGAUCAUCACCAAACUGAGUAGGGGUCUUGACGUUAAUGUUAAAUUUACCGGGGUUAAAGAGUUUGAAUACACCCAAGAAUGCGUUGUGUUCGACCUCCUGAAUAUAGUCUUAUGCCACGGCUGGUUGUACGACCCGCAGAAUUCAGAAAUCGUCUCGGCCGUAGGAACGUGUAGUUACAAUCAAGUCGUAGAAAAUAUCAUCUCUAGUAAAUCGUCCAAGAGCGACGGUACGCAGCACCAAGGUCUUGUAGCUGAGCAGUUCUUGCAGAGUACAGCUGCCCAGCUGACCUACUACGGUCUGUGUGAACUCAACGAAACAACGGAGGAAGGUGAUCUCUGUGUAUUCUUCAGAAAUAACCACUUCAGCACAUUAAUAAAACACAAGGACGUGUUAUUCGUCUUAGUCACGGAUCAAGGUUUCCUGACGGAGAGCAGCAUCGUCUGGGAGACGCUCAGUAGCGUCGAGGGCGACAGUCACUUUGUGGAUGGAGAUUUUAACGCGCGACCACCCACUAGGCAAAUCACGCCGGUAUCAAACAUGUCGCCCGACCAACAGUUAGAUACAGAUUACCUCAUAGCUUUGUCCCUUCAAGAGGACCAACAGCAAGAGGCAACCUCUCAGGAAGCUAAGCUGGGAGAGUUACAGGAGCAAGACACUGCCGGACGGGCCAUGGCAGCAUUAUCCGAUCACGAAUUGGCUCUGCAACUCCAGGAGCAAGAAGACAUGAGAUUAGCGCAGAAUCUAGCACAAGAAGACCAACAGGGUAGACCUGCCCCGCCCCAGGGCGACCAAGCCGCCGCUGCCCAGCAGCCCCAUGCACAGGUGCCUAAUAGUCAUAAGGAGAAGUCCUGCACAAUAUUGUGAGGAGGAUGUGUGUGUAUUUAGCCCGUCUCUGCCUUUAUAAUCACCACCAUGACCUCCAAUGAAAGAAUCGUCAAAAGAGAUGGCAAAGCCGGCAGAAAAAAAAUGGAGAAGAAGAAACAAAUCCACCGAUGCCGGAAAGUAAUUUACAACAACUACUGGGCCCAGUUUCAUGAAGCAGAAAAUACUGCUUAGCAAGUUUCUUUGCCAAGCAAAAAUUGAAUGGGGCAGGGAAUUUUGGAUGAUACCCAGUUUUUGCUAAGCAAGAUUUUUCUGUGCUUAGCACAUUUGUGUGCUUACAGGCUUUAUGAAGUUUAGGCUUGGGGCCAAUUUCACGGGCUCUGCUUACUGCCAAAUUCUGCGCUUGCGAUCACCAUUCUACGCUGCUUUUAUCAGUAAGCCUUUGAGGCAAUUGCCAUUGAGGCAGUUUACAGGCAACCAGUUCUAGGCAAUCUCCAAGAAAAAAUCAUUCACAUUUCAAUGUUCACAUAUUCUUCUUGUGGAUAGUAAGACGAUGUUUGAAAACUAAUUUAUCUGCUACCAAAGUGGUCCAGCAUGCGGUGCAGUUGGUUGCCACCAAGUUGCCUAGAAAGGUUGCCUCAUGUGACAUGGCCCUUAGAAGCAUUCUAUCGUGCAAAAGUACAUAUACAAUGGUGGAUUCAAAAUGGCGGAUUCAAAAUGGCGGAUUCAAAAUGGUGGAUUCAAAAUGGUGGAUUAAAAAUGGCGGAUUCAAAAUGAUGGAUUCAAAAUGGUGGAUUCAAAAUGGCGAAUUCUGGUGCGAUGAUGUAAUCUUUUUGGGGUCAAUCGGGGGUGGGGUUUUUCCUGCUUCAGCCAGAAGUGAACAUUUUCUGACAUGGGAUUUUUUUUACCAAAAUGUUUUGCCCAAAGAGCUUUGAGGAAAAUAUUAUUCCAUUUGUUACCCGAUAAAAGUUUAUAAAAAAAACGUACAUGUAAAAACAAUCCUUCGUAAUGUCAAUUUUCUCCGAAAACUUGUAUUAUUUAAUUGUUAUUCAAUUCCAAGAGGAAUUAAUUUUGUAUGUUCUGGUUUGUACGAUAGUGUGAGGCAUA